AAAAGAAACCCUAAAUUCUCUCCCUCCCUCCCUCUCUCAAUCUCUCUCUAGCGGUCCGCUGUUGAAUCCCCAAUCCCUCAAACCAUGAGGAAGCGAGCGAAGCGAACCGCCAGCCAGCGCGGCGACGCCCCGUCCUCUUCUCAGGAGCAGCCGCCGCAGCCGCAGCAGCAGCAGCAAUCCACCAAGACGACGACUUCCCGGGCCAACAAGCGCGUCAAGGCCGCGAAGCCCGAGUCCGACCCCGAGUACUUCGAGGACAAGCGCAACUUGGAAGAUUUGUGGAAAGCUGUCUUUCCUGUGGGCACAGAGUGGGAUCAAUUGGACACAGUCUACCAAAUAAACUGGGAUUUCUCUAAUCUUGAAAAUGCUUUUGAGGAGGGUGGGAAGCUGUAUGGCAAGAAAGUUUAUCUCUUUGGAUGUACAGAACCUCAGUUGGUCUUUUUUAAGGGCCAGUCCAAGAUUAUGUAUAUCCCUGCCGUUGUGGCUGUUGUAUCCCCUUUUCCGCCAUCUGAUAAGAUUGGAAUUAAGUCGGUUCAAAGGGAGUCUGAAGAAAUAAUUCCAAUGAAGCAGAUGAAAAUGGAUUGGGUCCCAUAUAUUCCUUUGGAGAAUAGAGACAGCCAAGUUGAUAGGUUGAAAUCUCAAAUAUUUAUUUUGAGCUGCACACAGCGAAGGGCUGCGUUAAAGCAUUUGAAGAUAGACCGGGUCAAAAAAUAUGAGUACUGCCUACCUUAUUUUUAUCAGCCAUUCAAGGAGGAUGAGUUUGAACAGAGCACUGAGGUUACAAUUAUGUAUCCAGUAGAACCACCGGUUGUUUGUGAAUUUGACUGGGAGUUGGAUGAACUUGAGGAAUUUAUUGAUAAUCUAAUUAAAGAGGAGACUCUGACCGAAGAUCAAAAGGAUGAUUUCAAGGAGCAUGUGAAGAAGACUGUUAGAGAGGCAAAGAAAGCUAAUAGAGAGGCAAGGGAAGCUCGCAAAAAGGCCCUUGAAGAAAUGAGUGAGGAAACUAAGUCUGCAUUCCAAUCAAUGAAGUUCUAUAAAUUUUAUCCUGUGCAAACACCAGAUACCCCAGAUAUAUCCAAUUCUAAGGUUCCUUUCAUAAACAGAUACUAUGGAAAAGCGCAUGAAGUUCUCUGAUGCUAUCUAUCUGCAAAAGCGGUGAUCUGGCCUGGAGACGUUCUGCGUUCCAAUUUGCUGCUUAAGCAGUAAAAUAGCGAGCUGCUUAAGCAGUAAAAUAGGGAGUUGCUCGAUAAUUCUCGUGCACCAGUUGAGGUGGCAGCGCAUUGUGCACUAAUCUUUUUGAUCAGUAGAGUAGUUGGUCUGAUGUCUGAUGGUGGAAAGAGACUGUAUUUCUUAGUUGCCAUUAGAUCCUCAUUUCUUCACAUUGUUUUUGUUUUUUUGGCAGAAAUCUUUAGUUUCUUUUAGUUCCCAGAGGAGUAGCUUGUACCAUGUAUCUCCGAGGCCUAUGUACUUCUGAAGAACAGGGAGCUUUAGGAAAUUCAAAUCUUCAUUUUGCUUUUCUUCCUCUCCUCUAAGAUCCGUCUUGGAUCUUUUAUUGGCAAUAAAACAUUCAUGUUCAAUACUGCAACCUUUGAAAACAUGGACAUUAUUUCAUUGUACCAAGAGAAAUCGUUAGGAACUUUAUCUGAGCAAUUUCAUCUGUGCUUUAUUUA